AUGAGCAAAAAGGCGAAGACCCCAAAAGAGACAAAAUACGACUUCCGCGACGUCGUGCUCGCGAAAGUACGCGGGUAUCCGCCGUGGCCGGGCAUGGUCGUUGACCCAGAAAAUGUUACCUCGGAGGUAGCUAAAGAGCGGCCCGCCAACAAAAAGUCGCAUUUCUAUUGCGUCCGGUUCUUCCCUAAGGGCGAGCACGCCUGGCUAGUCUCCAAAGACAUUUCUCGGCUUCAGCAGCAUGAAAUCGAGGCGUACAUCAACGAGCCAUAUAAGAAAUCAGGCGACCUUCUCACUGGCUAUCGCAUCGCACUCGAUCCCACGAAAUGGGAAGAGGAGCUGGAGAACAAACGCGUCGAGGCUGCCGAAGCAGAAGAGAAUGCUGAAGUAGACCAGCUUGAAGCCGAGUCGUCCGUAGCGGAUGCUGAUGCUGACGCCGAUGAGGACGACAAACCCAUCAAGCCCAAGAAACGGAAGCGCGAUUCCGAACCGGCGCCUUCCAAAGUCAAGGGCAAGCCGAAGUCGAAGAAAGCUUCCGCGGAGCCAGCUGGGAAGAAAAAGCCUGCAGCGGGAGCAAAGGGCAAGAAGAACGGGGCCAAGUCGAAGGCUAUGGUUGAAAGUGAGGAUGAGGCUGACCCUGAAGCAGUGAAAGUCCGAGAGUGGAGACACCGACUGCAGAAGACUUUCUUGACGGAUGGCAAAGAUCCAAAACCGGAAGAUAUGCCAGCGUGCGACGAGCUAUUUACCGCUAUCGAACAGUACGAAAAGAUGAAUAUUCACUAUCUGUUGUUCUCGAAGAUUGGCAAAGUCAUGCGUCACAUCUACAUGCAGACCCCCGAAAAGAUUCCUCGGGAUGACGAUUUCCACUUCCGCGAUCGCGCAAACGUCUUGGUCGAGAAAUGGCACGCUUUGAUGAACGCGAACAAGGACAGCGUCGAAAACGGCACCGCCAAAGUCAAUGGCGCAGUCAUCAAGGACGCCCCAUCCUCGGAAGAGCCCAAGGCGUCCGAACCCAAUGUCACUGCGGAGAGCGAGGUGAAGCGAGAGACUGCGGAGGACGUGCCCAUGGAGGACGUCGAGGCAAAGGAGAACACCGAUGAUGUUGUGCCGAAGACGGAAACUAACGGUGUGGCCGAGUCUGCUGAGACUGCUGACGGAGACCUCUCUGUGUUGGCAGACGUGACGAUGUCGGAGGCGUGA